GAUCGUGUGUUUUACGAAGAUGUCUCCACUCUGGAUUGUGUUAUUUCUUCACAUUUUUCCAGCCCACGCUGAGGAUUUUAACCGAACGUCAUUUGUCUCAGUGAAGUCUGGAGAACGUGUGACUCUGAACUGCACGUUUCGAGACAAACACAGUAAAGAACUUAUGGUUUGGUACAAGCAACAAUUUGGUCAGAUGCCUGAGGAAGUGGGGAAAACAACAGCACUGAAAGACACCCAAACUUCACCUGAGUUCAGCUCAAGAUUUAAAGUAGAUGAGAUCAUGAAUGGAAUUUCUUUAACAAUUCUACAAACAAAGAAACCUGAUGAAGGAUUGUAUUUCUGUGGCAUAUACAUAUGGGGAUAUUUUGAAUUUUCCAGUGGAACAUUUGUAGCUGUGACAGAUGACAGAGAUGUAAAAGUGAGUGUGAGGCAGAGCGGCGUGUUGGACUCGGUUCCUGCAGGAGCCUCAGUGACUCUGCAGUGCUCGGUUCUCUCUGAGAGCAGAGCAGCAGAACUCCAAGUGCUCUGGUUCAGAGCUGCUCCACCACAAUCCCAUCCUCAAAUCAUUUACACUCAUCACAACAGCAGCCAUCAGUGUAAGAGCGACUCUUCUACACACACCUGUGUGUACAACUUCUCCAAGAACAUCCUCAGCCUCAAUGAUACUGGAACUUACUACUGCGCUGUGCUCCUGUGUGGGAAGAUCAUUUUCGGGAACGGGACACCGGUACAGAUGGAUGUGAAGACUCUCACAGAGGGAUCUGAUGCUGUAGUGAUCUGUCUUGCUGUAAUGUUGACAGUGUCUGUGAUAAUAAAUUCUGCUCAAGCUGUUUCAUGCUGUAAAAAACAACGUACAGUAAAACGUCUACAAGCUGCAUCGAAAGAGCAAACACAAAAACAGGGCCGUGAUGCUGCGGAGCUGAAUUACGCUGGACUGAGUUUCACCGGGAGGAAAACUAAAAGUGGAAGAAUAAAAAGAGGACAAGACCAAGAUACGGUUUAUUCUGAAAUUAUAAAUAGAUAACUGUUAAUAGUAACGUUGUUAUUAUUGUUAUUAUAAACCAAGGUGGAGAAAUUCUAAACUUUAUGUUGAGUAAGAAUUUUAUUAUAAUUUGUUAAACUCCGCAUUGUGAAUGAUGCUGAAUGUUUUUUUUUCCAUAUGUGCAGUUAUAAAGUGAAAGAAAUGGUGUGGUCUGUUUAUUUAUGAGCGAGGGC